ACACACCGUCCUCACGGAGCACAACGGAAACCAGCGAGCUGCCCAUAGCCAGAGUACAGACAGAUCUGUGUGUGUGUGUGUGUGUGUGGUAACGAUGAAGACUCCUGGAGCUGUGCUGCUGUUGCUGUGGGCUGCUCUGGUUGUGGUUGCAGCAGAGAGUGGAGACGGCUCCAGUGAAAAUGACAUCUUUGACAACUCUGACGUCUUGUCCCAGUUUGAGGCAGAGAUGGGAGCCUCCGUCCAGCAAGCUGUGCCGAGAGAGAUGAGAAGUCUGGGGGCAGAGCUCAGGAACACUAAGGCACAAAUGAUGACCAUGGAGACCAGGCUGAAAGCCAAUGAGAAGACAAUGAUGACCAUGAAGACCAGGCUGAAAGCCAAUGAGAAGACAAUGAUGACCAUGAAGACCAGGCUGAAAGCCAAUGAGAAGACAAUGAUGACCAUGAAGACCAGGCUUAGAGCCAAUGAGAAACUAGUGCAGCGACUAAUGCAUGACAUUGAGGUUUCUGCAGUGAAUGUGAACCUGCCGGGGAGUCAGGUGGAGGAGCUGAGGAGAGAGAGAGAGGAGAGGAGGGUGGCCUUCUCUGCCUCACUGAUAACAUCAGGUCAUCUGACCUUGGGUCCGUUCAAUGAACCGGCGACUACACUGAUCUACAGAAAUGUCAUUACUAACAUUGGGAAUGCCUACAACAACAACACAGGUAUUUUCACAGCUCCAGUCAGAGGGGUCUACCACUUUGCCAUAUUUGUCUACGGUUUCGGUCAUGUGUCCAAGCCUACAGGGGCCGCUCUUCGUAAGAAUGGAGAGCACGUGGUCAUCGCCUACAGUCACCUGCCCAGUGGCCGAGCCAGUGCCUCCAACGCCGCCUCCCUGCUGCUGGAGGUGGGAGACCAGGUGAGUGUGGUCCUCUGGGAGACCAACGCAUGGGUCCGCGACAGCUACAACCACCACACCAGCUUCUCCGGUCACCUGCUCUUCCCCAUGUGAGCCGCUGAGUGACCACAACCAGAUCAUUUACUCCACAACAUUCACCGGAGAUGAUGUGGUUUUGUCACAUCUUUAGUGGAAAUAGGAAGAAUUUCUCAAGGUGUCAUCAAUCUGAGAUGCUCUUUUUGUCUGAAAUUAAUUGGUAGUAUUGUGUGUGUGUGUGUGUGUGUGAGAUGCUGAUAGAGCAACCCAACCACUCAUCAGGAGUUUCGGCUCCUAAGAGAAAUGAGUUCUGCUUAAUAAAUAAAUAAAACCAUGGAAA